AUGAGUCAACAGAGCCACGAAGCUCGUCACUUGUAUGCCACUGCACUCUUUCGGGGAGGUCAACCCUAUUCUGCUCUGUGUGCUGUAGACAUUGCCCGCAAGGACCAAUGUAGUGGUUGCCUUGAGAUGAAGGCAAAAUGUUGUACUGCUUUGGGUCGCUACAGACAGGCACGCGAAUGUUUGGAGGAUUCUAUGCGUAGCUCAACUAUCGCGCCUUCCCCAAUUACGUCUACAAGAGUGGCUAGCUGUAUUCCUAGUGAAGCAGCUCUGUUAAGUCGAUCCGGGACGAUGGCACUGAAGGGCAAUUUACACGACCAGGCAGCUCAGAGUUUUAGGCACGCAUUGUCUAAAAACCCUCUUAUCUGGGAAGCUUUUGAAGGGUUAUGUGCAUUAGGUGUGAUACCGGAGAUCAACGAGCUAUUUCCCCCAAAACCUCCACCUGUGAAAAAUGGGCUAUCGCUUGAUGAACAAAUGUCGAAGCCUACCGGACCGAUUGCCACGGGAGCCGGUUUUUUCACUCCAGAUCCUGGUAAUGGCGGUAAUAUCUUUCGAGGUUGGAAGCUUGAGAUGAAUCAGCCCUUUAGAAUGGGUCCUUUACCUGGUCCUCGCGAUUCUUUGGCCAGCACCGAUUCACCUUUUCAUCUCGCUGACACAACGUUUCUCCAAGCCCAUCGCAACACUCGCUCCCAACCUGUCCUUCCGACAGCGGCACAACAACAUAUCACCCGCCCCCUUUCUUCGGCAGAUGAAACAGGACCCAUGCCAAAGAAGCUGCGUUCUGCUGGUGUAGAAGCUGAACCUGUUAAGGUACAAAAGUCUCUCAAGGCAGCCGGAGAUGACAUUUCCAGAAAGAAUUCUUUCAGAACUACUACUUCCACCUCAAAGGGUAAUCAGUCGUCAAUGACCAACGUCGGAACACGUCGAAGUCAGCGGUUACAGAGUACCUCGAAUUCCAAACAGUCUUCGAAGCCCUCAGCUUUACGAGAUCGACGUCGCCAUAUCGCUCACGGGCGUUCCAAAUCCAUGGAAUCUGAUGUGGAGGAUGAUGGAUUAGCAGGCGACGUUGCAUAUUCCCCCUCCCCCCCAGCUCUUCCCCACUCACCUCGAUCGGAAGGGUCCCCGUCCCCAGGUAACUGGAACGCUGCGCAGGAGCAGGCAGCACAAGAAGCCUAUGAUAUGGAAAUGGCAGAUCAUUACAUAUACGAUCUAAUGCGGCGUUUUGCUAUCGCUACUAGGGCCCUCACCCUUUAUGAUUCCCAGAAAUGCCUCAUGGAAUUAGAACAACUUCCCGGCUUUCACCAACAAACACCGUGGGUUCUUGCAAUGGUUGGCAAGGCACAUUACGAAAGCGGAGAUUAUCGCUCCGCUGAACGAGCUUUUCGAGCAGUUAGGGUUCUCGACCCUUACCGUCUAUGGGACAUGGAGGUCUAUUCUACCCUUCUUUGGCAUCUCCAGCAACCGGUCCAAUUGUCGUUUCUCGCUCAAGAACUGAUAAGCAUUGACCCUCGGUCGGCUCAGGCAUGGAUUGCCGUCGGAAACUUGUUUUCUUUGCAGAAGGAGCGAACGCAGGCUCUCACAUGCUUUCGUCGCGCCUUUCAACUGGAUCCAGCUUGUGCAUACGCGUACACGCUCAGUGGACACGAAACUAUAGACGACGACCCUGAUAAAGCGAUCACCUUCUUCCAGUCUGCCUUACGUGUAGAUCCUCGUCAUUACAAUGCAUGGUAUGGUUUAGGGAGCUGUUAUCUGCGCAUGAGCAAAUUGCGCCUGGCCGAAUAUCAUUACAGAAAAGCGGUUGAGGUGCAUCCAGCUAAUGCUGUCUUGUUGGGUUGUGUAGGAAUGGUCCUUGAGCGCCGAGGCGAUAGAAUUGAUGCACAUGCCUUAUUCGAGCAAGCUGUGAAACUUGCACCUGAGAAUGCACUCGUACGGUACCGAAGGGCGAAGGUGUAUAUUGCCAUGAAAAAGUACGAGGCUGCCAUCAAGGAUCUCGAAUACUUGCGCACGACUUCGCCUGAAGAAGCGAAUGUCGUGUUCCAGCUGGCGAAGGCAUACCGUUUGGUCGGGGAUGAAGUCAAGUCGGCGCAAUUACUCGCCAUUGCACGCGACAUCUCGCCCAAAAGUAUAGGUAAGAUUAAGAAAUUACUGGAAACCGUAAAGGAUGAGAUGAUCGAGGAUAAAAUGGACGAAGGAUGA